CCCAAACACGUCACUAAUUGAAUCAACAUGCGCUUGAGUUGCAAUGGCUGCCGCGUCCUCCGCCGUGGGUGCACACCGGAGUGCCCCAUUCGCACCUCCCUCCAAUGGAUCCAUUCACCCAACUCUCAAUCCAACGCCACCCUCUUCCUCGCCAAGUUCUAUGGCCGCCAAGGCCUCCUCAACCUCCUCACCACCGCUUCCACUCAUCUCCAACCAGCGGUUUUCAAAUCUUUGCUCUACGAAGCUUGCGGUCGGAUGGUGAACCCGAUUUUCGGCUCGACCGGGUUGCUCUCGAGCGGGAAUUGGCACCUCUGUGAAGAAGCGGUCAAAGCCGUUCUUAGCGGCGCGCCGAUUCAGCAGGCUCCGUUGGACGGCGCGGCGAGCCUGCAGCUUGAGGCUUGCGAUAUUCGCCACGUGGCAAAGGGCGAUAAAUCGUGCGGCUCUGACGGGCUCCACAAGGUGAAGUCUCGGACCAGCAAGUUCAAGCGCCGCGCCUUGAAGCCCACGGUGGACUCAGCCGUGGCUGAGUUGGCUCGAAGCGAGUUGAACGGCUCGGUGAGUCGUGAAUCGGGGUCUGGGGUGACUCGGACGAGUGAAGCCGAUAGCGGCUCCGUGGGGAGUGUGGGGCCGGUUCGAGCCGCCGAUGGCGAAAUGGAGCUGGAAUUGACUUUGGGCUGGGGUUCAAUGAAGAGACCAAUGGUUCCGGUGAUGCCACGUGUAGGGCUGGAUCUAUCUGGCUAGUUAAAUGGCAUUGCAAAUGAGAGUUUGGUAGUGUUAGUGUUAGGUAGGCGGUGAAAUAUGUUUUUUUAUCCUCACCCCUUUUAAUUAUAUGAUGAUAUUUUGGGUUUUUUCACAUGUAAAUUGUGAAAAAUUGUCUAUAGGUACAAAUUCUUUUACAUAUAAUUAUAAAAUUUCAAGUUGGCCACUUUGAUGGUUGAUGCCACUAUGGCUAUUUUUAGUAAUAAUAUUAUUAGAUGGAUUUGAAUUAAA